AGGCUACGCUUUGUCAUCAAAAUUUCACUUACAUAUCCGAAAGUGGCUGUGUGAGACGAUAUAAUACAGAAAUGGCUAAAGCACUUCUGCAAAUCAUCAUUCUCGCAACCACUGUUCACGCAGGUCUGAGCGUGUACUGCUUCAGCUGCAACAGCAGGAAUGACGCGAAAUGCGGCGAUCCUUUCAGCGGCCACCGACUACCUUACGCCGACUGUUCGGGCAGUUACUUCCGGACGCUGAUCAACGACGCUACAAUAAAUUUUACUGACGUGCAAGAUGCGUUUCGGUCCUACCCAGCUGAGGUCCACGGCAACGCUACCUGUCAGAAACUCGUCCUCAACUAUGGCAGUGGAAAUGUUACGUUUCGCACCUGCUCUGUAGGCAAACUAAAUGGUGCCGAAACGUGUCACAUGCAUAUGAAGAACUUCCUCAGUGAAAACGUUCUCUUCUGCGAACAGUGUCAACAGAACCUAUGUAACAUGUCUAACGCUGCCCACAGCAAUUUUCUUGUCCUGUUUAUGACAUCGUGCACCGCUGUCUUCAUGAUGUCGCUUAGUUUCCACAAUGUACCAUGAUUUGUCUUCACAAGCAAGUACAGUAUUAUGUACAAAAACACUUACUCUGUAUCACCUCAACUGUUUAACAAAUUAUGGGGCAUACAUAAUGGACAAUUCUAGUAAUAGAGCCUAAUGUAAAGUAACAGCUUAAAAGGCAGUAUUUGAAUGUUAUGAAACAUGGCCUUAUGUUUAUAAUUACGUUCUGUAUUAUUAAGAAAUAUUAAAAAUUUCUUGAUGUGUUAAGCUCAA